CCUCUCCUCCUCCCCUUCUUCCUUUUUUUCUCCUCUCGAGGAGGUUGCAACAUCACAUGCAGAAGCUGCGCGUCCACAACCGCAGUCGCCUUUUUACGCACCAGCAGGCUCGGAGGAGAGAACGACAGAACGCGUCCUUUCUCUCCCCCUUACAUUUUUAGUCCUUGCUCCCCCCCUCCUGCCGAACACACACCCAUUUGGACUACUUAAUACUGCUAUUGGAGCUAUACUCGGCACACGCAAGCGAUUGGGAAUAAUAGACGUGUUGCGCAACGACGAGAUGACAUUUUUACCCUGAGAGCACCUUAUGCUAAAUGCUGCUUUAGAGUGACGACGUGCCAGGCAGCAGCCAACACAUGGAGUCCAGGGUUCCUCACCACAUCCCCGGAGUGUCCUCCUCCAUCAUAGCCCAGCCUCUGCUGGACAGCCGAGUGCCCUACGGCCGCCUGCAGCACCCCCUCACCAUCUACCCCAUUGAUCAGAUCAAGUCGUCGCACGUGGAGAACGACUACAUCGACAGCCCCGCCGUGGUCUCCCAGCAGCCGCCGUCGAGUCAGAAGGUGGCCGGCAGACGGCUCAACUGGGCGGGUCCCCAUCAGGAGGGGUUUGUGGGGGCGAACCACAACAACCAUCACAAUCACCAGCACCAACCCCAGGGCCGGUGCGAGACUCACCACGACACCACCACCCACCCGUGGAUCUCCUUCAGCGGGAGGCCCAGCUCCAUCAGCAGCAGCAGCAGCACGUCAUCAGACCAGAGGCUGCUGGAUCACGCCGCGCCGACCCCCACCGUGGACCACCACCCCCACCAGGGCCUCGUCAACACAAUCACCACUCGAACUCCGGGCUGCUUGGCUUCCUCGGAACCCAAAGUCCUCACCUCCUCUUCUUCGGCUUCCUCCUGCACCUCCUCCUCUAAAUCGCUGGAUCUCAAGUCUGGGAAACUGCCCACAGGGGGCCAGCAGGGGUUGGCGCUGAUCCCGUCCUCGCCGGCCGAGAAGAAGCACCUGCUCCUCUGCGAACACUGCGGCAAGUGCCGCUGCACCGAGUGCACCCUACCCCGGACCCUGCCCGCCUGCUGGGUCUGCAACCAGGAGUGCCUGUGCUCCGCUCAGAGCCUGGUGGACGCGGCCACCUGCAUGUGCCUGGUCAAGGGGAUCUUCUACCACUGCACAGAGGACGAGGACGACGAGGGCUCCUGCGCCGACAAGCCGUGCUCGUGCUCGCAGGCCAACUGCUGCGCGCGCUGGUCCUUCAUGGCCGCCCUCUCCGUCGUCCUGCCUUGUCUGGUUUGCUAUCUGCCGGCCACGGGCCUGGCCAAACUGGGACAGAAGUGCUACGACAACGUCAGCAGGCCCGGCUGCCGCUGCAAGAACUUGCAGAGCGCCGUCCCUCCCUGUAAAAACGGAGGCGGCGUGGAAGCCAAAGCCGGAACGCUCGAGAAACCGCAGCAGGGCUCAUGAUACCAACACAUCCUGUCUGGCCAACGUUGGCCUUGCUCAAAAACAAACUGGACAGCACCACAGUACAUAUUCAUUCUCUAGGGACCCCUUAACCAACCCCAUUAAUCUGCUGGAAGAUGACUCGUGUAAAACAAAAAGGUACUUAAAUAGCUUCUUGACCUGUUUUCGAAAGGCUCGAUGAUUACAUCGGUGUAUGGAAGGGUCGACAAGCUCUUGGGUGAGAAACCGCGGUUUGGGUUGUUUUGCGAUGAAGGCACAAUGUCAUCUCAGCUAAUUUUGUAACUAACCAUAAAAUGACCAUGGGAUUAUAUCCAUAUAUCAAGAAGUUCAACUCUAGAGAAUAAUAGGAUCUAUAUGGAGAUAGAUAUAUAGCCAAGUGUCCUGCUUUCAACACCAACAGUUGCUAGCUUGAGCAUUCCAAUUAUUGCCACAGAUUUGCAUUUAAAAUUCCCCUUAAUGUCUCGACGAGCAAAACGAUCACACUUUUUCAGAAAGCGAGGCUGAAACCAUCCAACUGAACCGGAAGGCUGAUCGAAGAUCAGUUCGUAAACCCAAAACCUUCUCAGGGACUGUCCUCUAAAGAUCUGCUGCUGCAUUCAAGACUUCCUGGGAAGUCGGCGCUUGGUCCUCAGACCGCUUCAAACUACGAUGAACUAAUGCCAAGAAAUUUAAGUGGAAAACGAUAUCUGUAAAAUUGACCUUGACGUUGGAACUCCUUACGUCAAGUAGAGUGGCGGCCAUUUUCCCCGUUUUCUUGAAUGUAGCAGAUGGUUUGCGAAGCUAAAAUCGACUUUGCACGGAAAAGGUGCAAAAGGAACAACUGGUGAGCAAAAAAAGGCGGGAGCUAAUCAUCGGAAAGGGUUGAAGACAGUGUUCGGUCAAAAUAAAUCAAACCUGCCACUUGCACAACGCUGUUUUUUUUCUUAUGUGGAAGCUAACCUCUUUUAAAGAACGUACUAAAGCACAGUAUGAACCACCUCAGCUGUUCUGAGGUAUGUGCGCUACUUUUAGCGCGGCCCGAGUGUCUUCAUCGUCGUUAGUUGCCGCAUAGCGUUCUCUUUAAAAGUCUAUUUUUGUGGCUUGCACGAGGACUUUUUUUUUUUUUUUUCCUUUUUGCCAAAGGAAGCAAACGUAUGGUAGCAUGUCUUCGCUGUCCGAAGUGAUCACUGCAGUGGUUAUGCACAAACAGGGAGGGGAGGAUGAUGACAACCCAUUUCUCCCAAAAAAAUUGAGAAAAAAAAAAAAAGCAUGCUGCCCUUUAAGACUGAAGGCCUUUUGUGUUUUGGGCAUAAAGUGAUACUUUGUUUCUCCAUUUUCACGGUAGACGGCUAAACUCCUUUGCUCACUAUUGUCUUGUUGCACAAAGCUGAUUACACACUGUCCAUCGAAUGUAGUAUGUGGCAAUAUUAAAAAAAAAAAAAAAAAAAUCAGUUUAGGAAAAAGGUGCCAAAAUCAGAGAAGAGCGGCAGAACUCGUAGACGAAAAAUCACAGACGAUAAUGUUUAGUAAUAGAAGCUAUGCAGGUGAACGACUUAUUUGCUGUAAAUAGUUUCACGUUUGUGUUCUUUAGAGGAGAAGACUUUUAAAUGUCCUUGAAAGGUUGCAUGGUACACUAUAACUAUGACUAAGUACAAAAUACAUAGAGAAUAUAUUAGAUAUCUAUUUUCAGGGCAAGGACGAGAAAAAAAAAAUGUUUUGGAGGGUUUGUGUGAAAGGAAGCACUUGAAUUGGAAAAAGUGUGCCCUGCAAUAAAAUACAUUUUUUGGAAAAAAAAAAAGGAAAAAAAAAAACAACUCCUGCUGCUGAUGCCCUGCGUGGCUCAUUAGCAGGCGAAGGCUAAGCUAACUCCCUCGCCUGUGGAUUUGUGGAGUGCACAGAGGGAACACAAUCCACCCGUGUCUAUCGACUCAUUUCCUGCUGCUUCCCCCCCUUUUCAGUCUUGAUUGACAAACACAGCUGCUCUGCAUACAUUUGGUUGUGUUGUUGCCGCCUGUUUUGCCUGUCUUUCCCAACUAUCUGCCUUUUGGAAGCUGCCUCGCUUUGACAUGAUAUAUUUUACAGAAAUCCUUCAAAUGACAAUUCUAUUAUGGUCAACCCCCCUCGAUGCUACAGCACCAUGACCCUCUCCACCUUUGUCGCUCACUUUGGGGCCAAUUUAUACUGAUUAUGCCUUUGCAACGGCAGUGUUUGGGGGAGCAAAGAAGAGUGUGCUUCUUUUUUUUUGUUUUUGUUUAGAUAUAACAGAAAGGAG